AUGCAUGCGGUCGCUGACCCGACCGACGCUUACACGGUGCAGAUCGCAAUUUCGAGCAGUCAGCUGGCAGUAGCCGGUCAGUGCGAGUGCGGGUGGGAUCAUGUGAGCAGGAUGACGUCAUCAGCAGCCUCCAUGGCCGCCCUGACUGUAUUCACACUCUGGAUGUUCUACUCAACUGUCUCGGCUGUUUACCAAGAUGCGAGGUUCCCAGCCCAGCUGAGGACAGCGUUAAACACGGAACCAUGUCGGCUAGGCGGAGAUAGGACAGUAGCUCACGGCCAACAGAUUGAGAGAGACGACCCCUGUGAGUUUUGUAUUUGCAUAGACAGUAAAGUUUUCUGCUGGUGGGGUCAACAACAUUGCACCAGCAACACCACUUCAGACAACUCUACAGACUCCAGCCUGACCAGUUGGAGCGAGACAUCUGAGAGUCCAGACGUUACCAACACGACUGACACUGUUUCCUCCACCACGACGGCUACCUCCUGUAUCGUAAUGGGACGGCAGUACUCUCUGGGUGCGGUGCUCCCUAGGGACACAGGGACUUGCCUGGAGUGUGUCUGCGGCAAAGGAGGCCGGGUCACGUGCAGCCCCAAGGACUGUAUCCGGCCCAAUGACGAAUUCCACAACUCAGACCCCGGCAACUCCCUUGAUAUGUUUGACGUCGAUGUCUUCUAAUCCUUGCUGCCUCCGCCGUAGACAAUCCUUAAUAGCUCAAGAUUUUCCACCACUUAAGUUUACACUUUGAUUAAUUGAACCCCACGCGAACAUUUAUCUCUUUUUAUAUGUUGUUUACACUUAAGUUUUUUUUACUCGCUGAUGGUGGCCCUAUUCGGAAAGCUUGAUGUAGCAAACAGAAUUGUUAAUUACUAUAGCAUUUCUAAAACAAUUUCCUUUGUUAAACUACAAUUAAUUCUCUAAACAUAUUAAGUCAGUUUUAGAAAUAUACCAAUGACUAUUUUAGGUUAAGAGUGUUACGCAACAUUAAAUAAUACGAAUUGAAACAACAGGUCUUCCAAACAAUCUUAAAUAUAAAAUUUGGGCUUCACGCUGAUUGCUAUUAUAACAUUAUGUAAUGCUACAAUCAGACGAAAUGAUAAAUUUUAUAUCAGGUACAAAAUAAUGGGUAAAAAUGUAUACCCUAUUGUAAAAAUCUGAAGGGCGUUUCUUCACUGUAUUCUAUUUAUUUUCAUCACCAAGAUCCAAAAUCGAUUGCACGUUAUCAACUGUGGUGCAUAGUUUUACGUCAAUAUCUCAAAACUUAGACAUAGCUAAAAGUUGAAAUAAAAAUGACGUAACUUGAAAAAUGUUCCAAUUUGUAUUGAAAUUGUGUUAUUGUCAAAUUAUCAUCGUUAGUGAAUAUUAAAGAGUAAAAGAUUAUAUUUCACAAAAUAUAGGCAAUAAAGCAAAUACAUUUAGUAAUACCUGAAUAUGGCACAAUUCUAGGCUGUACACGUGUACCAGUGGUGCAGUCCUGACAACAGAUGCGGGAGUGUAUAGUACUCUCACAUGCACACUCACGGUGCAAGCGGAGGUCUAGAAAGCUAUCAUUAUAUCGAGCCUGGGAAACGUGAAAGUACACUAUUGAUAAAUUGUUAAUAAUUUCCCAUAGUUAUUAUGAGAUUUUCGAGUAUUUAUUGCUCUUAAUAUUGUCUUAAAGGUAUGCAUUCUGUGUCAAGUCAAAUAUUAAAAUUUAAAGUAAAAAUAAUUAAUUGGACUGUGGCAUAAAUUUGGAAGCAAAACAGAAACUCUCCUUUCAAAUUUAAUAAAUGUUCGAAUGUUUAAAUUAUACAUACAUUAGUGAACACAUCCUUAAUACUGUUCCUAAAUAUAGCCUUUGAGCGUAAAGUUAAUAGGUGAAUUUUUUCAUAAUUUCGACGCGUAGGAUCCCUAAAAAGUAUGCUACUUAUAAUCGUAAAAACAUUUAUUACCAAAUAAUAAAAAUUAAGCAAACAAUAAAUUUGUCAAGAGACUAUAAAAGGACAUCGUAGUAUAUAUAAGCAUAAAUAGCAAACAGCAAGAAGCCACAAUAACUGUAAAUAUAAAUGGUAUAUAAUUGACGCACAGUCAAAAACAAUAGUUUGUAAUAAUUUUUUCUGAACUAAUACUAAUUUGUCAUAUGGUUACUAUUAAGUUGUCUGUAGCAUAUUAUACCUCCAGACUAAGAUUAUAAACAAGAUAAAUGACGCCACCUUUUCCUUGUCAUCCCAAGUACUAUGUAUUUACAUAUACCCUAAGUGGAACAUAGCGGCCUAUAUAACAAUACACGACCGGUCCCAUUACUCUAUGAUGAAGUAUAUAGAGGAAAUUCUCCGUAAGUCUUUGUCUUUUGUCUUGUACAUAACCAAUUUACUAUUGUCUAUCUUCUUGGUGUCCUGUAUCGUUUUAAGUAUAUCCAAGUGAGUGUAAAUAUUAACCUAUUCAGUGUGGAAUCCUUUAAUAAUCCACAAUUAAGUGAGAUCCAAGAAAUCAAAAACAAAUUUGAAUAUGUUAUAUGAAAAUAGUGAAUAUUAUUGGACUGUGUGUGUUUGCCUUUGUAUUUUUCAAAUAUUCCCUUAGUAAACUGAAAGUAGAUACAGGUAUAUUAAUAAACGAAUUUUAAUUUAGUUGAAUUAAAAAUUUGUUCCGAGUAAAAUACUAAUUAUAAAUAAUAAAUAAUAUUUUAUACUAUGUAUGUUAUAUUUUCAAAAUUGAUUAUUUAAAAAUUAAAGUCGAAGAUCUCUUUUAUAAAUAAUUAUUUCGAUUUUUUUGUAAUAAUUAUUAACGUAUACUUUAUCAAUUUCAAAAAAGAAUCAUGUAACACGUUAUACCGAAUUUAAAUUAUAAGAGAUGUAGUUGCAUUAAAUAAAAAUUUAACAUAUGAUUACUUAAAUAAUAAUCGGUAAUUUGUUUUCUCAAUUAAAUCCAGAGUAUAAAAUUGUACCAAAGUACAUCCACAGAAGGGACCCUUUUGUGUCUAUACGUGCCCCAACAUAUCUAGUGUAUCAGAUAUACAUUGUGAUAUACAUUAGAUGUAGUUUAGCUGUGAACCAAUCAUGUUGUGUGUGCUGGUCGACAUUGUAUUGGUCUCGUACCAAUUUCUAAAAACUAAAACUCUGCAAAUGAUGAAUUGGCUGUAAAAUAAUGUAUCGUAUUAAAUGGUGACGAUGAUGUAUUCUACUGAAAAAAGGUAAAUACUAGUGUAAUAGAUUAAUGCAAAUUAAUGAAUUUUGUAUAUGUUGGCUUCGGCAUGUGCAGCAUUGUUGGCGGUAGACGUUUUUAUAUUAGCAAUUACAAAAUAAAAUGUAAUUUAUAUAUUUAAUAUUUUGAACUAUUAGCAAUACCUAGAUUUAAAGCAUUUACUUUUUACUGAACGAUAAAAACGGUAGAGAAAUACAUAAGGAUUUGAGUAAAUUUUAAUUGUAGUUAAGUUUUGAUGUAGUUUUUUUGUUAAAAAUUAUUUUUGUAACUUUUUAAAAUUAAUACCUUUAUAAUUAUGUUUAUUUAGUUUUCAAUAAAAAGAAAUUUUAUUUUAAUAAAUAUAAACUUAAUUGUGCCUAUCAUCAGUUUAUUAAAUGAAACAAUUAAUGUCCUAAAAUUACACCAAUAAAAAAGCAGAUACAACAUUAGUUGUGUUAUUCUAGUAUAUAUGUAUUGUGCAACGUUAAAACUUGACAGAAAACCUCAUUGAAACACAAUACAUUAAAAAUAUAACUGUAUACAUAAACCACCUAUUGCAUUUCGAGUAUAUUCUUUUUUAGUAUAAACAAGAAUAAAAAAUGUAAGUUAUGGCUUUUUAUUAUAUAUUAUUCGAGAAAACAUGUAACUAAUUUUCGCCUAUAUAUUCAAAGUGUAUUACUGAAAUGAGAAAUAAUAGUGGUCCCAAAUGUCUUUCUUAAUACAACACGAUAAUAAAUCUAGUGGUAUUAGACAUAGAAUAAUUGGAAUAGAUGGUAUAAAGUCGAUUUUCAUAAAUGUAAAGAUUACAAUAUUACACUUGUAUUACAGUUUCACAGCAUGAUAAUACACUGGACUUUCAUAUUCAUACUUAUUAGUUUAAGAGGUAUUUAAUUGGCCAUAGGAAGCAGUAUUCUUUUAAAGGAGGUUUUUAAGUCAGUUGGAAUGUUUCGGUAUUUUGUAACAAGUUUAGUAUAGAUUGUACAGUUCAGUAAACCAUGUACGAUUAAUGUAAGAGGUUAUGUUGUUUAUUACCUAUAAUACAGUUAUAAUUUACAA